AUGCAUAUAAAAUCUGAUGAAAAGUGGGGUCUGCAUUGGGCCGGUGAAGGAUUUCUACGAAUAGAACUGCGCCAACUCCACACCAUUCGACCGGACACACGUCUGUUAGAACACCUGCAGGACCCUGUCCAACGAUGCACAUGGCGGAUCGGCACAGCUCGAGCCAUUCUCGACCAAGACGAUGUGUUCGAGCUUUUCAUAUCAGAACGCAGUGAAACAUCAUGUGCGCCCAUCCUCUGGUUGAACCAUUAG